CCCGGGAAGCAAAUCAUGGCGACCGACUUGCUUAUGAUUGUAUGCCUGCUGUCCUUUGGCAAUGUCUCUCUGGCACUUCAGAAUCCCGGCUUCGGCGAAGAGUGUCCCUUAUCAUUCGGUUUGUCCAGUUGUGACAGUGGUGACGCCUGUUUCCAUGUGCUACAGCAAUGUGACGGUUGGGAACAUUGUGAAGAUGGUUCUGAUGAAGAAAACUGCACCGUGUGUCCUUUAGCAGACUAUUUCAAGUGUCCAAAUAGCAGCGCGUGUCUCCCUCCAGAGCUUGUUUGUGACGGUGGCGACGACUGUCCAGAAGGUUCGGAUGAUGAGGAAGACUGUUGGAGCAAAGAAUAUGAGGAAGAUUGUCGGAGCAAAGAGUGUUACAACUCUGACGAUUUCAAGUGUGAAAGUAGUGGGGUAUGUCUCGAUCCACACCUGCGAUGUGAUGGAAAUGAUGAUUGCCCGGAUGGCACGGACGAGAGACAUUGCACGGCCGAUGACUGUCCCUCCCCCAUGCUGUUCUGUGAGCCAGGAGGGCCCUGCGUUCCUGCCGCGAGGCUCUGCGAUGGUGUCGGUGACUGUCCGGACGGGUCCGAUGAGACUGACUGUGUAUGCACCGUUGUCGAGUUCCAAUGUGAAAACAGCGGCAGUUGUGUGACGCCAUCCGGGGUGUGCAACGGACUCCCCGACUGUGGCGACGCGUCGGACGAGCUGUUGUGUCCGCCCUGCCAUGUUCUCCAGUUGGAGUGCGACGGGAAGUGCCUGCCGAAGUACCGCGCCUGUAACGGGAUAGACGACUGCACAAACGGGGAGGACGAGAUCAACUGUACAUCCGGAGAGUUGGCCGACCAUACAUUACCUUAA